UUAUAUUGUUGUGAUAAGUCUUGAAAAAUCCGGGAUUUCUUUGAACUUUCUCUUAUAAUCUUGAGAAUCAAUUAAGAAUACAAAACAAAAACAAACCCUCUUUAAACACAAUCUUGUACCACAUAACAAAACAAAAUAUUUAAUUCUUGUCUUAAUUAAUUUUGAAAUCUAUUAAAUUUAUAUAUUUUAAUCCUUCGACCUCUCCUUCACCUAUAUAACUUUAACAAAAAGAAAAAAGGAACCUACCUUUUUGUCGUCUCCGUUCGUCUGUGUUUAUAUUGUAGGAGCUUCUAAAUUGCUUCCGAUAGAGUUUGCAAUGAUAUUGUGUAUUGUAUUGAUUUAAUUCGGAAAACACCGUCAGGCAUUAUUCCCUCUUAACGUGUAGCAGCCUCUGCUAUAGUGUCUUGUGUUGCAUGCUCCCAGUUUAAUAACAUAUUCGUGUCCUUAAGGAAGAAAACAAAUGAAAGGACAUCCCUAUCCCAACCCUAACCUAUACAAAAUAUUCAUCCUUCCAUUGUGUUUGUGUAUGUGCGCCUUAGAGAUUUAGGGAUUCCAUCAGCUUUGUGAAUAAAGAUAUAUGUACACAUACGAGCGAGUAGUGAGGAGUGCGCGCGUUUGGAACAGCGGCGCGGUGGUGUUGUGAAGGGUCGAAUGUAAAUAUUUGUAUUUUGUGCUUCCAGAGAGAGAAGAGAGGAGUGUAUAUUUUCAAGCGUGUUUUUUAAAUGAUUUUUAAAUAAAAACAAAAACAGGAUCAAAAAAUUACAAAAAUACAUAAGUUUAAUUCGCAUUCGCUUUCGAACCCAUCAUCAUUUUGCGAGGAGGGGUUUUUGAGCGUAUUUUUAAAUUAAUGAUGUUUGAGUUGUGUUUUUGAAAGAUCUACUAAUUUGGCAUCCAACAGGAAGCAAAGUAUGAUUAGGAACUUAUAGAGAAGAGCUCUGAGAAGAACAAUAUUCCUAUCGUUAAAGCUGUUUGUUGUUUACUAUACUCGUCUUAAAUUAAGGUUUUUAAAAUCAUAAUGGACCCAUUGAUCGAAACUAUGGACCAAAAAAGCAUAGCAAAUAAGAAACUAACUACUAGCGGGCAGAAUCCAAAUGAACCACAACAACGCUCAAAACUAAUGCACAAAACCAAUCAAGAACCAAUUAGCCCUAUUAUACUAUCUCCUUCGAGUGUGCUGGAUGAAUGCUCUCCUCUGAAGAAUAAUCGUAUCCCCGAGCAAAACCAUUGUCAAGCCACAAGCAAUCAUCGACAAUGCGAUGAGCCACGAAAUCCCAAACAAACUGCAACCGAUGACGGUGACGCUUACUACGAUGACAAUAAGGAUGUUAUUGUUGUCAGGGAAUAUGAAAGCAGUAAUAAUCAAUUUGACAGCAACAAGUUUGGUCAGAAGUCGAACAACAUAAACGAGAAAAUGGGAAAUCUACUUAUCCAAGGGGAAAUUAAGUCUAACAAUCCGAACCAAAUUAACCAGUGUGAUAAUAAGGAACCAUCUGCAUCAGAAGGUAGUGGCAAUCCAAAUCAAAUUGCAUCAUAUUCCAUCGCACCAAAUCGAACCACCAGUGACGUUUCAAUAACGUCAACCAAUCCAACAUCCUGCACUGACAUAAUACUCAAUCGUGAUAUAUCUGAACCAUGCCACCAUCUUCCACCAUCCUCAUUACCCGAGACUAUCAAUAAGCCAACCAUUCCAAAUGUAUCUCGCAACAAAAUUAUUGCGUCCAAUGGCAGAGAAUUAUUGAGUAACCACAUUGGGACAGAAGUAAGCACAACUGUGAUACAACGUCGCCAGCUGCCCAUAGUCAAGGCACAGUCCUUGGACUUGUCAUGUGACGAUGAGUCCAUUGACCAAAUCCAUCCCCACCUCCAGAAUAACCAUUUUGUGUUAAAUCAAAAUCACAAUUACCGUACCCACCUUCAUAAUCAGCAUCUUCAUAAUUUUCACAAUUAUUCAUACAAUCCUACGUCGUCGCUGGCGCUUUCGCUGUCGGGCAGGAAACAGUUAAUAAUAAAUAAUAAAGGUCCUUCCUUAGCUAAUCAGCAGCAGCAGCAGCAGCAGCAAGAGUCCCAAGCCGAAGGUUUAUUGCGUAAAUCCAACGUAAUUGGCACCGGUUCGACGGAAGAUGCUGACGCAGAUGUCGAUGAAGAUUACGAUGAAGAAUUGCCGUCCAGGCGAACACCACUAGCUGCAAAUUUACUCAGAAGCCACACUUUGGAUGAGGAAAGACCUUCUUCGCCUAGUCAUCGUCAUUCUCCACGAGGAAGUCUUGAUAUAACUUCUUCAGCUGGCCUUGCAGUAGAUAUAUCAGAUGGUAUUCGUAACAGUGCCAACCAUCCACGACAACAGACCCUUGCCAAAGGUCAUCUGCCAAGUGUGCAAUCACUAGAAUCAAGACCUAUUUAUCCCAAUGUACCAUACAGUCCAUAUGCGAGUCCUUACGGAAGUCCGCGAAGUCACCGCAGAAAGACUCCUCUAAGAGAAUCCCGCAGAAUAUCUAUUGAACAAUCUGGGAGUUUCCUUCAGCUUAAUCAAUACAAACUUAUGGAUCAAAUUGGACAGGGUUCCUAUGGCUUAGUUAAAUUGGCCUAUUCCGAAGAAGACUCCACGCACUAUGCGAUGAAGAUUCUGUCAAAACGUAGACUUCUACGCAAGGCUGGCCUUAUGAGUCGUGGUCCAAAGAAAACUACUACGUCUCCGCUAGACAGGGUCUAUCGGGAAAUUGCUGUUUUAAAAAAACUCGAUCAUCCAAAUGUUGUCAAGCUCGUAGAAGUUUUGGACGAUCCAUUGGAAGAUUCACUAUACCUCGUAUUUGAGCUCGUAAAACAGGGUGAAGUUCUUGAGAUACCUACUGAUAAACCACUGACAGAGGAACGUGCAUGGAGUGUCUUUCGGGAUGCUGUGCAAGGAUUGGAAUAUUUGCAUUAUCAACGUAUUAUUCACGCUGACAUCAAGCCAGGUAAUUUGCUCCUUACCGAAUGUGGACAUGUUAAAAUAGCCGACCUAGGGGUGUGCAAUGAAUUCUUUGGAGAGGAUGCUACAUUGAAUAAUGGUUCUACAGCUGGUACACCAGCAUUCCGGGCACCGGAAACUCUAUUUCCGGGACAGCAUUUAUAUAGCGGAAAGGCAGCUGAUAUUUGGGCGUUAGGUGCAACACUUUACUCUUUAUUGUAUGGCAAUGUGCCUUUCGUGGCAAGUUCAGUGCCAUUUCUGUAUGAAAAAAUUAAAAAUGAGAUUCUUGUGAUUCCCGAUAAGCCAAAAGUAAGUUGUGAGUUAGUAGAUCUUAUUGAAAAGAUGCUAACAAAGGAUCCGGGAAAGAGAAUUACACUUCCUCAAAUAAAGGAACAUCCUUGGGUGACAGCUAAUGGAACUAAUACUCUCCCUACGGAAGAUGAAAAUUGUCGUCUUGUACAAAUCAGUGAGGAGGAUAUCAAUAGUGUAGUCAAAAGCAUUCCCAAAUUAGACACAUUAAUUCUAAUCAAAACUAUGCUUAAGAACCAUUCAUUUUUAAAUCCCUUCAAUCGUGGUAUAUCCGGCCGUGCACCACAACGUGGCGGCUCCCGUUUGGAGAGAUUUACACGUGCUGGACGUUCGAAUUCAGCUCCCGGAGCAUAUCAUUUGCCAAUUGAUAGACAACUCUCUGGUGAUAAUUUCCUACCAGCUUUAUCAGAACACAUAGUCAGUUCAAAUUCUGACUUAGCCGAAGAUUGCUAAAGGCUUUAAAAAAAAAAAAAAAAAAAAAAACAAAUAAAAAAUAUAAUUACAAAAUUGCCAAAACAAAUUUGUUCGAAACACACACUAAACACACACAUAAUAUUUUGCAUUUAAAAAAUGAUAAAUAAAUAUAUGUUUAAAUUUCUUAAAAUUUUCUUUAAGUUUAAAUUUUAAUUUAAUGAAACAAAAACUUAAAAAAAUAUAUCUUUUAUAAAACGGGUUUAAUAUUUAAAUAUUGUUCUUUUAUUAUUAUCAUUAUUACAAUUAAUAUUACCAUAAAGUAAAUCUCCAACUUUUAAAAGCUUUAGAAAUAUAUAGCUUUUUAAAAUGCACAUUUAUAAUAUUUGCACAUAAUAAACAAAAUAUAAACAAAAUUAUAAUGUAAUUCAAAUACUCUUAAUAUAGUACACAAAAAACAAACAAAUUACACAAAACAAAACAAAAAUUAAACUUCAAAUGCUAAAUUGCAAUCAUUCGUUGUAAUACCCUUAUAUUGUUUUCUGUGAUAUUGAUAUUAUUAGUGUUAUUAUAAAAACAAAAAUAACUAUAAAAUAAUUAUAUAUUAUUAUACUAUGUAUACACAUGCAUUCCUACAAAUUUAAUAUGUGUAUAUUUUUAUCUAUUUCUAGUUAAAUGUUAUAUUUAUGUGGUUAAUUUGUAUCUUUUUUUUAUUUUGUAUUUUAUACUAUUUUGAAAAAUCCAUAAGGUUUUGAGAAAAAUGUUUAAAUUAAAUGCUGCUGUCUUUGAAGCUUUGGUUGUGUAAACCAUUUAUAAACUAGUAUAAUAAUAAUUAUGUUUAGAGAAUCAUAAAAGCGAUAGAAAUAAUGGAUUUCUCCUAUAUUUUAAUAAAACAAAAUAUAUUUCACAUGCACAAUACUAAGAAAAUUAAAUCAUUUCAUUUAUCAUCUUAAUUUUGUUUAACAUUAUUUCAUAACAUUUAAUUUACAAAGUUAAGAUGCCCUAAAAUUUGAAAACGUUGUUUUACUCAAGGGCUCCUUUUUUUCUGACACUUCUUCUUAUGUCAAUAAUUGAUCUUUUAUCUGAAUCUUCUAACCUAUGAAUUUAAUUCUUUCGCUGAUGACAGUGCCCUAAGUUCUUUAUAUUUAUACAGAUUGCCCUUUAGAUGUAGACACUUGUAAUCCUCCCUUCAAAUAUUCUAGGAAUGCUCGUUCAUCAGUUUACGAUUGGGUCCAAUUUCAGAUGUUCAGAUGUACAGGAAUUCUUUUUCUAGCCACACUUCUCGAAUGUGGAAUGCUUUACCAGGCCUAGUAUUUCCCGCUCAUUACAUUGUGCCAAAUGUGAAUCGGUAUCUUCAUUGUAAUCAUAUUACUUACUUACUUACUUAAGGUGGCGCUACAGUCCGGGGUGGACCUGGGCCUCAACCAACAUGCGUCUCCAGCCAGCUCGGUCCCUAACUAGCUGUCUCCAGUUUCGCAGCCCAAGUUGGUUGAGGUCCUCUCCCACCUGGGUAAGCUAACUGAGUCGCGGUCUUCCUCUACUACGCCGUCCCUCGGGAUUAGAUUCGAAGACCUUUCGGGCUGGAGCGUU